UGUCUUCUACUAAAGUAGCGAUAAAAAGGAAUCAAUUCCAAGUCAUAUAUAUUUGAGUCGUGUGCAGGUCCUCAUUUCUGCAAGACUGAUAGUCGUGAGCUUCGAUCCGGAGACUACAAUUACAAGUACUCGACAGUUAAUUUUGGAGAAAAUCCCUCCUUCCCUUCCUUCCAGCUUCGAUCAGAAAGUAAAGAAAAAAUGGCAGAAGGUCGGGAUGUUGAAGAGUUACAUAAGCUUUCAGAAUUGUAUAAUGCUGUUCGAGACGAUGAUUUGAAUAAGAUGGGAGAGAUUCUUAGGUCUCUACCCGACGAUGCAGUGAAUUGGGAAAUUCCAGAUAAAGGCAAAACAGCUCUUCACACUGCUGUUACAUAUGGACACAAGGAUAUAGUGAAAGAGUUGGUGGUGCAAAUGUCGAAUGAGGGCUUGCGAAUGCCUGAUAGUGAUGGUUACACAGCUCUAAGCAAGGCAGCCGUGCUUGGGAAUUGGCAAAUGGUGGAUUGCAUGCUUGAAAAGUACUCUGGCUUGAUCAGCAUUAAACAUUCCACAGGGAAUCAUCUUCCAGUUGUUAUGGCUAUUGACUUUGGGCAAAUAGAAAUGGCGCGCCGUUUAUAUUAUUGGCCCACUCCAAAAGAAGAUUUAAUUCCACAGAAUAAUGAUCAGGAGAUUCGGGACCACAAUGGUGCUACGCUUUUUACCCGUGCCAUCUAUACCGGAACUUUGGAUAUUGCUUUGGAUUUAAUCCAACACUGCCCACGUUUAGCACUGGCUCUUGACAAGGAUGACGAGUCUCCCAUCUUAGCAUUGGCCUCUAUGCUUCAUUCCGUCCCAAGUAAAACUCAGCUCGGGUUUUGGAAGCAAUGCAUCUACUCCUGUAUGCGCAUUCCAUCCGUACCUCUAGCCAGUAAUACUGAUCAGACUUGUUUGAACAUUCCAAACGGAGAACAACACCAAAACAAUCAAGAAAAUCAUCAAAAUAUCAUAUCAGCACGGUCAAGAAGUUGUGCCGUAGGAGUCCUCAACUUCUUUGGAAUCACACAGUUGUACGAAAUGAAGAAGAUCCAUAACCAGUACAAUGAACUUCUUUCUCACAUGUGUGAAGUGAUAUCAAAAUCAAAUCCUCAACAACAUAAAGAUGGUCUGGUUUAUUCUGCCAUUUUACAAGCUACCAAGUACGGGAUGUUCGAGUUUGUUUCUAAGAUGCUUGAAAAGAACCUAGAACUUAUAUGGGUCCGUGAUGGCGAUGAAAGAAACUUAUUUAUGCUUGCUGUCUUGCAUCGUCAUGAAAAAAUCUUUAACAUUUUAUACUCCCAAGAUAUGAUGAUGGACAACUACUUGGUCAUGUUCAAAGGUAUACUAGAUGUUGGUGGAAAUAACAUAUUGCAUAUGGCAGGGAUGAUAGAACAUCCCACUCGGGUUAAUCAAAUCCCUGGGGCAGCUUUACAAAUGCAAAGAGAGUUACAAUGGUUCAAGGCGGUAGAGAAAAUUGUCGAUCCCAAGGAUAAGGAAAAAAGGAACAUAAAUGAACAUUUCACUCCCCAAGAGUUGUUUACCAAGAACCACGAGAACAUGAUGAAAGAGGGAGAGAAAUGGAUGAAGAAUACAGCAAGGUCAUGUACAGUGGUGGGUGCUCUCAUUGUUACUAUUAUGUUUGCAGUGACCUUUACCAUUCCAGGAGGUAACGAACAAGAUACUGGCCUGCCUAUUUUCUUGAAGAAAAACUCAUUUAGGGUCUUUAUGAUAUCUGAUGCCUUAUCCUUCUUUUUAUCUUCAACUUCAGUCUUAAUGUUUUUGGGAAUCCUAACCUCACGUUAUACAGAAGAUGAUUUUCUCGAGUAUUUGCCGAGGCAGAUGAUAAUAGGCCUUUUCACUCUCUUUUGCUCUAUUGCAACCAUGAUGAUAACCUUUGCUAGCGCUCUUUUAAUCAUCCUACAUGAGCAAUUAAGGAUUUCAAUUCCUCUCAUUUGUUUGGGUGGUGUUCCAGUCAUCUUGUUCUUAUGGAUUCAAUUCCCCAUUCUUAAAGAUAUGAUCAUUUCAACCUAUGGGCCAAGCAUCUUCGACAGGAAAAGGAAACUGAAAUUGUAAAGUACUUGCAAUAGGAUAUCAUCAUGUAUAAUAUUUGUUGCAUGAAUUAUUGAAUAUCAGCCAAAACCGAAUAUUUGUUCCCUUUUGUUGCACCUAUAAUGACCAAUGGAUGGAUUUUCAACAUAGGUUUAUAAUCUUGCUUGUUUUAUGGUUA